AUGCAGGAGCUGGCGCAGGUGCAGGUGCAGGUGCAGGGGAACCACAUCCCUGACCACCAGUGCCCUGACAGGGUGGAGGAGAUGGAGCAGCAUACCCUUGGCUACUUGGUGUACUAUAUGAUGAAGGAGGAGGAGGGGGAGCAGCAUACUCUUGGCUACUUGGUGCGCUAUACGCUGAGGAAGGCGGAGGCGGAGCAGCAUACUCUUGGCUACUCGGUGUGGGAUAUGCUGGAGGAGGAGGCGGCGGAGCAGCAUAUCCUUGGCUGCUUGGUGCACUAUACGCUGAGGGAGGCGGAGCAGCAUACUCUUGGCUACUUGGUGCGCUAUACGCUGAGGGAGGCGAAGGUGGAGCAGCAUAUCCUUGGCUGCUUGGUGUGGGAUAUGCUGGAGGAGGAGGCGGAGCAGCAUACCCUUGGCUGCUUGGUGUACUAUAUGAUGAAGGAGGAGGAGGGGGAGCAGCAUACCCUUGGCUGCUUGGUGCGCUAUACGCUGAGGAAGGCGGAGGCGGAGCAGCAUAUCCUUGGCUGCUUGGUGUGGGAUAUGCUGGAGGAGGAGGCGGAGCAGCAUAUCCUUGGCUGCUUGGUGUGCUAUAUGCUGGGGGAGGUGGUGGGGGAGCAGCAUACCCUUGGCUGCUUGGUGCGCUAUACGCUGAGGAAGGCGGAGGCGGAGCAGCAUAUCCUUGGCUGCUUGGUGUGGGAUAUGCUGGAGGAGGAGGAGGUGGAGCAGCAUACCCUUGGCUACUUGGUGCGCUAUACGCUGAGGGAGGCGGAGGGGGAGCAGCAUACUCUUGGCUACUCGGUGUGGGAUAUGCUGGAGGAGGAGGAGGCGGAGCAGCAUAUCCUUGGCUGCUUGGUGUACUAUAUGAUGAGGGAGGCGGAGGUGGAGCAGCAUAUCCUUGGCUGCUCGGUGUACUAUAUGCUGGAGGAGGUGGUGGAGGAGGAUAUGCCGGAGGUGGUGGCGGUGGUGAUGGCGAUGGCGGCGGUGCCUGAGUAG